GUGAAAUUUUCUGCAUUGAAAUAAAACAUCUGUCUAUCAGUAAAAAUAGGUGUAAGAACAUCUAUCUUGUACCAUUUAGACUACCUUCAUGACUCUUUAGAAACAAAACAUCUGAUUCAAAUUUUCUCUACAGCACAACAAAAUCAUAAAUAGUGAUGUCUCAACCUGGUAUUGCAUGAAGAGAAAGAAUCGACUGACAAAGUUUAACUUUGAUGAAAAACUGUGGCAGGUUGUCCAAGGUGUUUUGAGGCUCUACCUAUGUAAAAAGACUGUCAAACCUCCAGGAAUGGCAAAGAAAAGUUAACCCUCCUGCUUUAUUGCUGCAAAAAAGAAAGUAAUUUUAUGAAUAUUUUGGCAUCUUCAGUUUAGUCUUUUUGUGUCACUUUAUGUCACCUUUUGAUAGAUGUUUUUUCUUGUCAUCAAAUAUUGUUCUCACAUCUUCUUUCUUCAAGAAGUAAUUUUCUUUGGCUAGCGUAACAUUACAUGAAUUACAUUAGGGUUAAAAACUGCAAUACAGGUUCAGACAGUUGACUAAAAAAAAGCAAAGCUGAACCAUGGACCCCUACAAGUUCAUGCAAUAGCAGCUCUUUAAGUGAUUACCUUUACCCUGCUCUGUCACAUUUCUACACAAGUGGGAGUGGUUUCUGUCUCAUUUAUGGAGGUGGUGAGACAAUGCAUAUCCAUAGUUACUAUUUUACCUGUGGUUUAACUUUUGUGUGCACAAAACAGAGGUGGAUACAAUAGGAACAGACAUCUCUCCUCUUCAGGUGAGUUCUCAAGGCUACAAACAAAGCUUCAGUAAGUAGAAAGUCUUGGAAGAAACAACAUGGAAUAGAUACAUGGUCUUUGGCAGGUGUUUAUUUUCCCAAAAGCCCGAAUUUCUGCACAAUACAUUUAAAUGCUUUGUCCUUUAAAAUACCUCUAGUGAAAGUCAUGACUAAUGAAUUGAGCAAAAAUAUUAGUAUAACUAAUUCUUUUCUGUUGUUUUUCUUUCCAGGGGCCUUUUUCUCCUAUUAAUGGUUGAAAACUGAGAGAAGAUUUUCCAACAUGCAGGCUGUAAGUGACUUUCUAAUUGUAUUCAACAUUGAGACCAGCAAAAUAUCUGUGACACUGUUCCUCAUUUUUCUUGGUCUCCUCUACUGGUAUUUAGUCCGUCCCUUCUCAGUCCUCUCACGAUGUGGCAUCAAACAUCCAAAGCCAGUGCCUUUCUUUGGCAACUUAUUCAUGUUUCAGCAGGGUUUUUUCAAACCUCUGAAUGAUCUUGUCAAAACAUAUGGUAAAGUAUGUGGGUAUUAUUUGGGACAGACACCAGUGAUAGUGGUAGCAGACCCUGAUAUGCUCAGACAGGUGCUGGUGAAGGACUUCAGCAACUUCCCUAACAGAAAUACGUUUGUGUUUGCCAAAAAGCCUGUAUCUGAUUGCCUUCUCCAGUUAAGGAAUGAACAGUUCAAACGAGUACGGAGUGUCCUGACCCCAUCUUUCAGUGCUUCCAAGAUGAAAGAAAUGGUUCUGCUCAUCCACACAGCCACUGAUGCCCUGAUGAAGAAUUUGCAGUCUGAGUCAGGACAGGCCUUUGAUAUCCACAGAUACUUUGGUUGCUUUACCAUGGAUGUUAUUGCCAGUGUGGCAUUUGCAACUCAGGUGGACUCACAGAAUAACCCAGGUGACCCGUUUGUCCAACACGCUCAGAUGGCCUUCAUCAAUGAUUUCUUCAAGCCUGUCUUGUUACUUUUCUUUGCUUUUCCCUCCAUCAUGGCUCCUCUGUCGAGGUUCAUACCCAACAAAAGACAAGACAAGAUGAGUCAUUUCUUCAUUAACAGCAUUCACAAAAUCACCAAACAGAGAGAGGAGCAGCCUCCUGAGCAGAGACGUAGAGACUUCCUUCAGCUGAUAUUAGAUGCUCGAGCCACCGUAGAGAGUGUGCCAUUGGAGCACUUUGACACAUCCAGUGACACUGAUGAGAUCGGUGGCAACAACCAGGAGACCCAGCCUUCGGGCUCGGUUCAGGAAAAUGACCCUCCUCCUUCACAGGAGCCGUCUGUCAGGCGUCCACAGAAAAAGAUGAUGACUGAGGAUGAGAUUGUUGGUCAGGCUUUCAUCUUCCUCCUGGCAGGCUAUGAAACCAGUAGCAACACUCUGGCUUUCACCUGCUACCUCUUGGCCCUCCACCCUGAAUGUCAACUCAGAGUCCAGAAAGAGGUGGAUGAUUUCUACACUAGACAUGACUCACCCGAUUACACAAAUGUCCAGGAGCUGAAGUAUUUGGACAUGGUUAUAUGUGAAGCAUUACGCCUCUACCCUCCUGGAUUCAGGUUUGCACGAGAAAUAGACCAUGACUGUGUGGUGAAUGGUCAGCAACUUCCUAAAGGAGCAAUACUGGAGAUCCCUGCAGGCUUCCUCCAUUAUGACCCAGAACACUGGCCAGAGCCAGAGUUCUGUCUGAAACUAGUAAAAAGACUGACUUGUGACGCCAGUUAAAUGUUGACUUAUUAACAUGAUUUCAGCUGUAUAUUAACAACACAUGAAAUAUUUUUCUGUACAGUGGUACAAAUACAAUUUUUAAAGUGUGGUAAACACUUUUGUGUAGUGACAUUAUCACAUCUGCAACCCACAAAUACAACCUCAAUUCAAAAAGGUGGGACACAGUGUAAAAUGUACACAUGCAUUCAUUUACAAAUCUUAUAAACCCAUAAUUUAUUCAAAAUUGAACAUUUAAACUGAGAUAUAGCUUGAUUUUGAAUUUGUUGGAAGUUGGGACAUUGCAGUGUUAGUAGUUAGUAGUAUCAGUUAGUAGUAUCUCCUCUUUUUAACAACAGUCUGGAAACUGAAGAGACCAGUUGCUGGAGUUGGAUUGAGAGUUUCGCUUUCAUGCUCAGCUCUUUCUUUACCACAACGGACCGAUGCAGCCUCCACAUCACUUCAGCAGUGGUCCCAAUAUGCCUGUCAAUUUCCCACUCCCUUCUUCCCUCAGAAGCAACUCGUCCCUAAAAAGAGUAGGCACUCCACCCUUUUCAGCUAAGAACCAUAGCCUCCACCUUGGAGCUGUGAUUCUCAUUCUUGCCACUUCACACUCAGCUGGGAACCACUCCAGUGAGAGCUGGAGACAACCACCAGAUGAAGCCAAGAGACCCACAUCAUCUGUAAAAAGCAAAGAUGAGAUUCAAAGGUCACCAAAAUGGAAGCCUUCUGCCACAUGGAUAUGCCUAGAAAUUCUUUCCAUAAAAACUAUGAACAGAACUGUAUCAUGUAAUAUUUUUCAUGUAGUUAAAUAUCUCAGUUCAAGAUAACAGUAGUUUAUGCCAUUGUAUAAAGUAGCAAGAGAAAUUUGUCUCAUUAAGAAUGCGGUCUUUUAGUUUCCAAUGCUUUUCAUUCAACUUAAAAAACAACAACUUGCUGUUGAUCCUCAGGUUUACCCCAGAGGCUAAGGCCAGUUGACAUCCAUUUGUAUACCUACCAUUUGGGGCUGGCCCCCGUAACUGUGUGGAAAUGAGGCUCGCCCAGCUUGAAAUCCAACUGGCUUUAAUGCAUCUGUUCCACAACUUCAACAUCACUGCCUGCUCUUGGACUGAGGUUCCUCUUGAGUUGAAGUCAUUAAGCACUCUUGGUCCUAAAAAUGGUGUUUGUGUGAAAAUUUCCAGAAGGAGCAAGUGAGAUGGUCUGCUGACUUCUCUAUCAAAUGACUGGAUCAUUUUCACCAGACUGCAAAAUGAGUUCAACUGUCCUAGUUCAAGUUAAUCCAAUAUUUGGGAGAUGCUUGAAAAAUCGCAACAUUUAAAUAUUUUAAAUUUUUUUGUAUUGAUGCACAUAUAUUAAUAAACACUUUAUUGCAGUUUU